AUCAUUGUUUCGCUGCUCGCUACCCCAAAGCGCUUGACGAGGCCUCGACUCGGCGCAAACAGAACCAAGAGCGUAUCCUUGCUCCGGUACGGCGUUAUUAGUCCAUAGCAUUGGACUGGUCUGGGAGCUGUGGGUACUGAGAGGAGACUCGUCGUCAGAGCACACGAUGGAGUACAGUGCCGGAAGUAGAUUCACGUGAAGCGACUCCACCAUCAACCCCAUGUUUGUGCUGUAUACGACUCAAGUUCUUCUGUUCUUCCAUGACUAUCAACACGGGGCCCUCCGCACCAGAUCAGCCUGUGAACUUGCUCUCUCUCGAUGGCGGCGGUAUCCGCGGCGUAUCCGAGCUAUUCAUCCUCGACGAGAUCAUGAAACGUAUCCAGAUCCACCAAAACCUCCCUCAGCCCCCCAAACCCUGCGAAUACUUCGACCUUAUCGGCGGAACCAGCACCGGAGGACUAAUCGCAAUCAUGCUAGGCAGACUAAAAAUGUCUACCGAAGACGCUCUCCAAAGCUACAACCGAAUCUCCAGCGCGGUGUUCAGCGCCGAGAACAGGAAACCUUUCUACAGUGACGGAAAGUUCAAAGCGACUACACUGGAGAAGGAGAUAAAGAAUGUCGUCCGCCGGGCUGGGUACAGCGACGAUCAGAAGCUGUUAGAUCCCAACGCGGGGAGAAACUCGAAAGGAAACGCUUUCGUAUGCUCCAUGACCGGAAUCAACCUCCGGUCUCCUCAACGCUUCCGCACCUACCAAGGACUCCCCAACCAAGGACCCGACUGCAAAAUAUGGGAAGCCGCACGCGCCACCACAGCAGCGCCAACUUUCUUCAAAGCCAUCAGGAUUGCCGGACCAGGAGGCUUCGGGCCCGAUUACGUCGACGCAGGACUGGGGUUCAACAACCCCACAAAGGAGGUCCGUGAUGAAGCCAAGGAGUUAUUUGGCAGCAACCAACGUAUCGGCGUGUUCCUCAGCAUUGGGACAGGCCAUCCAGGCCCUAGUGGGUUCCAGCAGCCCAAAGGGAUAGAGAAGGUCCUCCCGUUGGAGCUCGUUAGGGUGUUGCAGCGUAUCACGACGGACUGUGAGAGCGUAGCGGACGAGCUGGCCAAGGAAUACAGUGGUAAUGAUGUCUACUUCCGGUUUAAUGUUCUCCACGGCGCCGAGGGAGUGUAUUUGGACGAGUGGAAGAAGAUGAGCGAGGUGAUGGCGCAUACGGCUUCGUACUUGAGAGGGCCGGAGGCUUCAACGCAGAUUGAUAGGGUCGUAGCUUGUCUCUGUCGCGUUGGAGUUGCACAAGGGAAGACGUUGGAUUCGUUGUAGUCGUUUGAAGCAUGCAGGAAUGUAGAAAUUGUAUCCGAAAGUUCAAGAUCGGAUUGUGGUAGACAUUGACCGACCUACCGGUAGUUAGUCGACUAUACACCUUUGAACAUACCUUGAUACA